GCCCUACUUUGAAAACCAAACAAAAGUUGCAUGGAAAUCAAUUUGGUAUAAACUGGCUAAAAAAAUUGGUUACGAAAUAGAUUGUAUAUUGAACAAAGGAGGCGAAUAUACGUAGUACGUCGGUACAUUUACUAUUUUGGACAAAUUUGAUUGCUUUGUGCUCGCUCCUUGAUUGUGAGAACGGUUUCGUCUAAAGGGAAAGCAAUAAAUCGAAAGUAUUGUCAUACAAUUGCAAAAGUGAUUGACCUACCUAUGACACUUUUAAAAGUUUUAUGCUUACAUGGUUAUAGACAGAAUGCUGAUAUUUUUCGAGAAAAGACAGGUGGAUUUCGAAAGUCACUGAAAAAAUUUUGUGAAUUUAGUUUUUUAUGUGCACCAAAUAUGGUAGAGAAUUCCACUGCAAAUGAUUGUGCUUGGUGGUUUUCCAAUCCUCAAGGUUUUUCUGCCCAAGAAUACAGUGAUUAUGAUGCUGGUCUCCGUGAAUCAUUGGCAAUUGUUAAAAAACAUAUGGAACAAGAGGGUCCUUUCGACGGAAUUAUUGGUUUUAGUCAGGGUGCAGCAUUUCUCUUAAUGUUGCAGAUUAUUAUGGAACAUAAACUGUAUGAUUUUUCAGAUUGGAAUAUGAAACCGAUUAAAUUCACAGUAUUGAUAGCACCAUUCCUCAGUCGUUGUUCACUUCAUAAAAACAUUUACGCUUAUAAGUCAACAAUACCAAGUCUGAUUGUUUGUGGUAAAACUGACUCAGUGAUUUCUAGAGAGAUGACUGACGAAAUAUUGGAUAUAUUCUCGUCUAAACCACGAGUAUUUUUGCAUGAUGGAGGACAUUAUAUUCCUACUCAUGGUGAGGCAAAGCAAGCCUAUACUGAUUUCAUCUCAAGUUUUAUCGAUCAAAAAUUGUAAUGCAUAAAACUCAUUCUGUACAUACGUACACUUUACAACUGAAUGUGUAAAUUGUUUAUUUUAUGUGAUGAUAAUUCAUUCUAGAUAACUUUGUCAACUUUUGUACAGUAUAAUAAAUG